AUGUCAUUUAAUGAUGAUGAUAUGUUCAUUGACGAUGUGGAGCUCUCCGUGGCCUACUCCUCUGACGACAACUCGGAGCCCGACGUUGAUUUGGAGAAUCAGUACUAUAACGCAAAAUCACGUAAGGAUGACAAUCCUGAUGCAGCCAUCGAGGAAUUUAGGAAAGUCCUGGCCAUCGAAGCCGAGGGUGGCGCCAAGGGUGAUUGGGGCUUCCGAGCUCUGAAACAAAUGAUUAAAUUGAAAUUUCGCCUGGGCCGAUUUGAUGAGAUGAUGGAAGACUAUCGCACUCUCCUUACUUACAUUAAGACAGCUGUGACUCGAAACAACUCUGAGAAGUCGAUUAACUCUAUUCUGGAUUACGUAUCCACUUCCAAGCAGAUGGAUCUUCUGCAGACUUUCUACAAUACCACUUUAAAUGCUCUAAAAGAUGCAAAAAACGAGCGGCUAUGGUUUAAGACCAAUACCAAACUUGGCAAGCUUUUCCUCGAACAAGGUGAUUAUGUACAGCUGCAGCGGAUCAUCCGAGAACUGCGAGAGUCCUGUCAAACAGAUGAGGGUGAGGAUGAUUUAAAAAAAGGCACCCAGUUAUUGGAGAUCUACGCUCUUGAGAUCCAGAUGUAUACAGCGCAGAAGAACAACAAGAAGCUGAAAGCACUAUAUGAGCAGUCGUUACAGAUCAAAUCGGCCAUCCCACACCCCAUGAUCAUGGGUAUUAUCAGAGAAUGCGGAGGAAAAAUGCAUCUUAGGGUGGGAGAAUAUCAGCGAGCGCACACAGACUUCUUUGAGGCGUUCAAGAACUAUGAUGAGUCAGGAUCUCCGCGCCGGACACAGUGCCUGAAGUACCUUGUUCUUGCAAGUAUGCUCGCCAAGUCUGGCAUCAAUCCUUUCGAUUCACCGGAGACGAAGCCUUACAAGGUGGACCCGCAGAUAGUAGCUGUGACGAGUCUGGUGACGGCCUAUCAGAACAACGAUGUGAAGGAGUUCGAACGCAUCUUGCGGGAGCAGCGAGAAUCAAUCAUGAGUGAUGAUUUUAUAAGGGAGCACAUCGAGGACCUGCUGCACAACAUCCGUACCCAAGUGUUGGUAAAACUUUUGCGGCCCUACACUCGCGUCCGUCUGCCAUUUAUCUCACGACAGCUGGACCUGGAGCCUCGAGAAGUGGAGGCUCUCUUGGUGGCGUGUAUCCUCGACGGAACCAUCGCGGGCCGUAUUGACCAGGCCUCCGAGGUGCUUAUCCUUUCACCUCCCAACCCUUCCCCCGUGGAGGCUCGCUAUGAAGCGAUUAAUAGACUGGCGUCUAGUCUAUCCAGCCUCAUGAACGUGAUCGUCACUCGGAGUGGAACGAGCACUUCUUAA